GAGUUUACAUGGCGUAGCGAGCGGCCGUACGAAAACGGUCGUGAUGAGUGCGUGUCAUUUCAGACAUCCGAGGAGACGAAGGAUACGGCCCUCCGAAAUCCCUCCACUCGACAAUUAGUCACAGUGUCACUUGAUAAAGCUGGACGCCCAGUUAUCAGAAUGGAUAAGAACAGUUUUCAGAGGAACGCCGGAAAAACUGUUGAGGACUUGGAUUCGAAGAAACCGGCUACAAAUGUCUUCCGCGAUCUUAUACCAAAAGUACUGAAGGAAAUCAAACUUAUUUCGGAAGAAGAGUCAGGAAGCGCCGAAGACGACGAGCAUAACCAGCAAAAGAACAAGAGAAAAAGCGCUGAGCGAACUUCAACAAGAGAAUGCAGUACUAGGUACGUUCAGCUGGCGUCUGUUUCGCAACGGCUCCACGGUGUCGUUACUAAAUUAAUUAUAUGGUGA